AUGGCGAAGCAAGUUGUUUCGGAAGACGAACAGGAGCGAGUUUUCCGGAUACUUCUUGCAGAGCAGGAAAACGGACGCUGCGCAGAGUGCUUUUGCCCUGGACCGCGCUGGGCGUCCGUAAACUUGGGCGUCUUUCUCUGCAUCCAGUGCAGUGGCUUCCACCGAAAGCUUGGUGUCCACGUUUCUCAAGUCCGUUCGAUCAACCUGGACCGCUGGACGUCCGAGCAACUUGAGAACAUGAAGCGUAUCGGUAACCGACGCGCAGCAGCGAUAUGGGAGGCACAGCUGCCAACCGACUUUGAACGUCCUUCACCGGGCGAUAUUGGUCGCAUGCAAGAGUUUAUCUGGAACAAGUACGUCGAAAAGCUAUAUUAUCGUGAGCCAAGUCAAUAUUUUGAGAACGAGGGGCAUUCGGUCUCGCGGGAUGCCUCGGCCGCAACAGCGUCCACGGUUUCUCCCGCGGUAACUUUGCAAAACUCCAGACAAAGCUCUAUGGGUGCAUGCGAGCGUUCGAAGCACGUUCCGGUUGAAAACAACUGGUUCAAUGCUCUUUUUGCGCCGUCAAGCGAGCGUGGUAACAGCCACGAGCAUGCGCAUGGUCCCGUGGCUGGUGCAGAGAAUCACGAACAUCUCCAACGGAAACGCCACAUCCUUGCUAUGUACGCACAGCGCAACAAUUCAGAGGCUUCCAGCGAUCGACUCGACACGUCGCCGAAAACGUAA